AUGGGUGGUCUGGGGAUCGGGAUGGAUGGUCUGGGGAUCGGGAUGGAUAGUCUGGGGAUCGGGAUGGAUGGUCUGGGGAACGCGGUGGAUAGUCUGGGGAUCGGGAUGGGUGGUCUGGGGAUCGGAAUGGAUGUGAAUGGUCUGGGGAUCGGGAUGGGUGGUCUGGGGAUCGGGAUGGGUGGUCUGGGGAUCGGGAUGGAUGGUCUGGGGAUAGGGAUGGGUGGUCUGGGGGUCGGAAUGGAUGGUCUGGGGAUCGGGAUGGAUGGACUGGGGAUUGGGAUGAAUAGUCUGGGGAUCGGGAUGGGUGGUCUGGGGAACGGGAUGGAUGGUCUGGGGAUCGGGAUGGGUGGUCUGGGGAACGGGAUGGGUGGUCUGGGGAUCGGAAUGGAUGGUCUGGGGAUCGGGAUGGGUGGUCUGGGGAUCGGAAUGGGUGGUCUGGGGAACGGGAUGGAUGGUCUGGGGAUCGGGAUGGGUGGUCUGGGGAACGGGAUGAAUGGUCUGGGGAACGGGAUGGGUGGUCUGGGGAACGGGAUGAAUGGUCUGGGGAACGGGAUGAAUGGUCUGGGGAUCGGGAUGGGUGGUCUGGGGAUCGGAGUGAAUGGUCUGGGGAUCGGGAUGGGUGGUCUGGGGAUCGGGAUGGGUGGUCUGGGGAUCGGGAUGAAUGGUCUGGGGAUCGGGAUGGGUGGUCUGGGGAUCGGGAUGGGUGGUCUGGGGAUCGGAGUGAAUGGUCUGGGGAUCGGAGUGAAUGGUCUGGGGAUCGGGAUGGGUGGUCUGGGGAUCGGAGUGAAUGGUCUGGGGAUCGGAGUGAAUGGUCUGGGGAUCGGGAUGGGUGGUCUGGGGAACGGGAUGGGUGGUCUGGGGAUCGGGAUGGGUGGUCUGGGGAUCGGGAAGGGUGGUCUGGGGAACGGGAUGGGUGGUCUGGGGAUCGGGAAGGGUGGUCUGGGGAUCGGGAAGGGUGGUCUGGGGAACGGGAUGGGUGGUCUGGGGAUCGGGAUGGGUGGUCUGGGGAUCGGGAAGGGUGGUCUGGGGGAGGUGUUUUUCUUUUACAGGUAUGCCACGUCACUCUCCGAUAUCUUCACACUUCAUUUCCCAUUCUGA